AUGCGGACCUCUAGGAUCUCCCAAGAGACCUCGAGGAUAAUCAACGCAACAUCUGCCUCGCCCCAAACCCGACGAAGCACUCGAUCCUCUGUAGCAAAGUACUCUCACAGUCCAGCUACCAGGAAUGACCCUCCGUCGGCAGGUGCCCAAGAUGUCAGUGAUAUCGAAGAUGCAAUCCCUUCUCGAAAGCGGAAGCGCGAGACACCUAGAACGCCCUUAAAGCAAUUCCCGUGCAACACCACCACCGCCGUCAAGACCGAAACCGAACAGAGCUCUCUCGCACCAUCCAAAGACCGCAAGAUCCGAAAGCCAGCGCGACAUGUAAAGAAUGAAGAAACAGGAGAAGUGGAAAUACAUCCACCCAAUGACUGGGCUGAGGUCUAUGCCGUGGUGAAGGAGAUGAGAUUGACGGGGGUCGCGCGAAAUGCUGCCGUGGAUACCAUGGGAUGUGAGAGGUUGGCAGAGAAAGGCAUCGAUCCGAAGAUAAAGAGAUACCAGACCUUGACGGCACUGAUGUUAUCAUCGCAAACGAAAGAUACUACAAAUGCCCUCGCCAUGGCUCGAUUGCAGAAGGAGCUACCAGCACACAAAGAGGGUGCACCAGUUGGGUUGAAUCUCGAGAAUAUUCUGUCGGUCGACCCAAAGCUCUUAAAUGAGUUGAUAUGGGCAGUUGGGUUUCAUAACAAUAAGACGAAGUAUAUCAAGGCUGCCGCAGAGAUUCUGAGAGACCACUGGAAUGGCGAUAUUCCGGACACAAUUGAGGGCUUGAUGUCGCUGCCAGGCGUCGGUCCAAAGAUGGCUUAUCUGUGCAUGAGCGGUGCUUGGGGCAGGACUGAGGGCAUCGGGGUCGAUGUGCAUGUUCACCGUAUUACGAAUCUUUGGGGUUGGAAUAAGACUAAGGGGCCUGAGGACACACGGUUGGCCUUGCAGGAGUGGCUCCCCAAGGAGCUGUGGCAUGAAAUCAACUGGCUGCUUGUUGGGUUUGGACAGGCUGUUUGUCUUGCUGUUGGACGCAAAUGCGGUGAUUGCGAGCUCGGAUUGAAGGGGCUAUGUAAGUCGGCAGAUCGGAGUAAAGUUGCUGUUGGAAGGAAGAUGAGAGAGGAGAAGAUAAAGAAGGAUGAGGAAGGUAAUGUAAUAGAGAAGAAGGAAACUGUCAAGGUCGAAGAAGUUACCAUCGAUUUUCCAAUUAACGCAGCACCUGAUUUUGAAGUUCCGGUAGAAGGCACUUCGGAACCCCCAGUUUGCAAGGAGUUGGUGAAGGAGGAGGAGACGGCGGAUAUGGAGGACAUACCCAAUAUACCUGACCACCAGGUAAAGAAACCCACAAGAAGAAGUAGGACAUAA